AUGAAAACUCAGGUGCCGGAGGACCAACGGACGAUCGAGUUCAUCGUGUCGCAGUUCGUCGGCCAGAGUCCGCCCACAACCUUCGCCGCCGACUGCCAGCUACACAGAGAUCUCGAUGGCUAUGUCGGGAUUCCAGAUGAGCAUCCCACGUGGGGUAUACAACCAGUACCCUCCUGCGAUCACCAUAGCUUCCCAUGGGACCCUCCUUCAGACCAAUCCCGCCUCUGCGUCUCUCCCUUGAACCUCUUCGAGGGGCACCGGGAAGACGACGCCUUCUUCGAGGGAUCCUCCGAUUCGGUCCACUCCGACAAGCGGGAUUUCCCGUUUGACCCGCUUCCUGGGUUUCAUCAGCCAGCGGGCAGGGCGGCGGCGCAAGUCGCCUACACCUCCUUCGGAAACUCGACGGUGUCCAGAGAGCUCGGUUGCCACGACAAGGAGUCGAUUAAGCAGGAAGGUGAAGGGAGGACGGACUCUUUCUUAGACGGCAGUGACCAGAUGGGCGGCGACGACGACGACGAGCAGAAGACGGGGAGGUCGGACAGACGGCCCUCCUGCAAGAAUCUCAUGGCGGAGAGGAAGAGGAGGAAGAAGCUUAACGAUCGCCUCUACGACCUGCGCUCCCUCGUACCCAAAAUUUCUAAGGUCUUUCAUAUCUUUACUCCAUAAAGUUUCCAGUGUACUUUGAUACUGAUUGAGAUAAAUGGAACUUACGUGGCUCUUAUGAUCUUUAAAGAUGGACAAGGCAUCCAUACUGGGUGACGCUAUAGAAUUCGUCAAGGAUCUCCAGAACCAGGUGAAGAAGCUUCAGGAUCAGCUGGAGGAGACAACCCCGGUGGACGACGGAGCGGAGUUCGACGCCGAGGAUGUCCCUCAUCUCAACAACAAGAACAACGACAACCAUGACAUCCAACCAAUCGACAACAAGAAGCGAACGGGAACUGCCAGUCCACGCUCUUCCUCGAUGAUAAUGUCCUCGACCACAUCGAAGGAUCCCCGGAGAUCGCCGAUCAUCGAGAAGAAAGAAAACCAAAUGGAGGUGCCACUCUCAAAUCCGCCACUUAUUCACCAACAGGAUGGGAUUAGCGAACUGAUUAAUGCCUCCCCGUUCGUGUUAGCCGCAAGUGGAAGUGAGCCAGGUAGGCGCCAACAAGUUCUUCCUCAAGGUCUUCUGCGAGCACCGGCGAGGAGGGUUCGUGCGGCUCAUGGAGGCCAUGGCUUCGCUCGGCUUCGACGUCAUCAACGUCAACGUCACCACCUCCGAGCCCCUGGUCCUCAACGUUUUUGAAGUUGAGGUACGCCGCGGCGCUUCAGUCCGAUCCCCUAUCCAUCUACGACGCUCUCCAUCUGAAGCAGCAUUUGUGCCCUUUGAGAGUGCAGAAGAGAGAUAGCGAGGUGGUGCAAGCGGACCAGGUGAGGAGCUCGCUGCUGAGGCUCGCGAUGGACUCCGAUGACUCCUGUCUCCAGCUUUAG